AAUAGCUUAUUACGUUUGCAAAUAUGUAAAUAAAUUGUUAAUUUGUAUUGUCAUAGGUGUUAUUCAGUCGCUUGGAAUGUGCAUUCUAGUUUAAGUGGCAUUCUGUCUUAUCCCACACGUUAGACAUAUAUCAUCAUGAGACUAGGCAUUCAUUUACUAAACAAAAUUAAAUAACAAGCUAUUUAGUUGUCUAUAGCAAAUAUGUGCAUAUCUUGUCAAAGUUUCCUUAUGCAUAAUGCUUUAUGUCUUGGUUGCUUGUUUUCCCGUACUGUCCAACUGUAGUCUAUCAUAAAACUAUUGACUUGUGUCUAUAAGUUGUAUAAAUACAUUUCAAAAGUAUCUCAAACUCCAGCAGUCAGCACUGCUGUCUCAGAUUGCCUCUAGUCUCACUACUAACACAAGUGACAAUAUAGGAAAAUGUAAUAAUGAAUAUAGGCUAUUACUGUGUUUUAAUAUAAAUAUGUUAAUAAUAAGAAAUAUAAAUGCGAUAUAGCCUGAAGUUUAAAAAACUAAAAAGAACGGACAAAAUGCAGCGAAGCGCGGGGUAUUGCGUGGUUUGCUGCGGCUGUGGCGUCUACUCCAGUAUUAACUUUCACUGUCUUCCUUCUAAUCAAACUCUUACUUUCCGCUGUACUUAAUUCCAUAUUUUCAAUUCCUGAUCAUUACUUUCCUCUUUUCUUCUUCCAUCUAUCCAUCCAUCCCUCCCUCCCUCCUCUUUCUCCCUCCCUCCCUCUCUCUCUCCCUAGCUCUCUCCUUUGCUGAAUCUUAUUGAUCCAGAAGGUGGCUAAUUAGCCCUUCCCGUCGUGCCUGUGUAAUGAAGCACAUGCGCACUGAAUUAAUCACAGCCAUUUUUUGCAGGAAACUAAUUAGCAGGAAUAAAGAUCCAAAGAGUUUUUUUCUUUUCAAUCAUCAGAUCUCACUUUCACCUCUUCCUCGCUCCCUCUAACACAAGACUCAUCGCCUGCUUUGCAUCCAAAUUAUUUUUAUAUUGCCCUAUACAACUAAUACUUCGUUUUUUUACACUCCGCAACAACAAUGAUCUUUCUUUUGCCARCCUAAACGCAAACUGACCAAAAGGGACUGCCUUGAUGGGAUCUUUAGCCGAAUCGUCUCAAUACUGGAUUAAAAAGCAAGGAUCACAAAGCGGCAGCGAAAAAUUGCCUGGAUGCGAUGAACACCUCAUGUAGGCAUCAGCAUGGACAGCUGUGAGUCUCCCGUGGUUUCUGGGACAGACGAUGGGCUCGGCUCCUCCACCACCUCCCAGCAACAGCAGCAGCAGCAUUACCCUCUGCAGACCUGGAACGAUCACUCUAACUCGCAGGUCCCUCCCAGCAGCCAGCCCUCUUCCCUGGAGCCCCUGUCUCUCUCUGCACCCUACCCCUCUGUGAGAGAGCCACAGCAGCAGCAGCAUCCCACCCGGACCCCACCCCUGGCCCACAGCGACAGCURCGCCUCAGGCCAGCUGCACCCCAGAAGAGAGGAGCUCAACGAGGAGCAGGAGGGAGUGAGCUGCGGAGAGGAAGAAGAAGAAUUGGAGGACUUGGAUGAGAUGGAGAUCGACAGCUGUUUCCCAAGUCUGCAGCCCUUCCCCGGAGUACCCAUAGCUCCUGGAGGAGGGGGCAUGCCRACGCUGCUACGCCAGCAGCCRAAKCYACYAAGGGGUGRGGCGGAGAGCGGGAGUGAGGAAGGAGAGGAGGAGGAAGYAGAGGAGAGCAGUGAUGUGGAGAACCUGGCUGGAGAGAUAGUCUACCAGCCGGACGGCUCAGCCUACAUUGUUGAGAGUCUCAGCCAGCUGAUCCAAAGCGGAGGGGGWGCYGUGCCCGGCCUGCUCCCCACAAACUCUCUCCCRGUGGCGGGGAAGCCGGGGGAACCUGCUGGGACCUCAUCCUCMGUGUACCCUCAGAUCAUCAACACGUUCCACAUAGCCUCGUCGUUCGGGAAGUGGUURGGUUCCUCAGACCAAGGUUUCCCCAAUACCUCKACCCUGGCAGGCCUCAGUCCUGUCCUGCACAGUUUCCGCGUCUUCGAUGUGCGGCACAAAAGCAACAAGGAUUACCUGAACAGCGACGGGUCUGCCAAGAAGUCCUGCGUAUCCAAAGAUGUUCCCAACAACGUGGAUUUCUCCAAAUUUGAUGGGCUGGCCCUCUAUGGCAAGGGAAAGCCCAUCCUCAUGUGUUUUCUCUGCAAACUGUCCUUCGGRUACCCGCGGUCUUUCGCCACUCAUGCCGUCCACGACCACCGCAUGACCCUGUGUGAGGACGAGAGGCGGCUGCUGGGGGACAAUAAGGCYUCUGCCAUCAUCCAGGGCAUCGGGAAGGACAAAGAGCCCCUCAUUAGCUUCCUGGAACCAAAAAACAAGAGCUCUCCUGUGCCGGUGCCCCCCACCAUGGUCCCCAUGAACUCUGGCCAGAGCUUCUACGGCACGUUCAGUGGGGUCCACCUGGAGGCAGGGAGCAGCAGUGGGGGCUGCGAGGCCCUCCUGAACAAAGACUCUGACUCCUCUGGCCUCCAGCAGCAGCAAGGCUCCCUCCUCUCUCUGGGGGGGCUGGGCAACCCRAAAGCACCUGCUCUUACCUCAACCCCAGGCCCUGCCAAAGACUCCAACGCCCUGCCCAAGCAGGGAGGGAGAACAGAYGGGCCUGCUGGGAAAGAGGGGAUCCGCAGGCGGGAGCACGGGGACAAGGAGGGGCGAGAAGGCAAGGCACGCUUGGCUAGCCAGGAGGGGGGCUCGGAAGAAGAGGAGGAACUGUUAUUAGAGGAAGAGGAAGACGAGGUGGAGGAAGAAGGAACUCCGCUGGCCUGUGUUGGUAACAGUAGCAGUGGUGGCGGAGAAGUGGGGAAACCGGCUGUCUCAAACCAAAGCAUUUCCAAAUCUCCUUUAUUAAUYCCUAGUAGCGCUCUCCAGCCUACUGCCUGCCCAUCUGCAGCCAGCCCCARSCUCAACAGCAAAGCCCCAGCUUCCACUUCUUCUUCCUCUGUCAGGGAAGAGGGCUCGGCGGCAGACGGUGMGGGGAGGACCUCGGAGCUCCCUCUGAGCUUUAACUGCCAGGGGCCCACUGUCCCCAUGGCGAUGGCGGCUGCAGCCAACAGAGGGAGCGAGGACGUCGCKGCGGGCACCUCCUCACCUCUGGCCUCCAACGCCUCCGCCGACGAAAGUGCCAAUCGAGAUAGUGCCACAGCUCCUGAACCAAAUGAUUGCCCYGCAGAGGGAGAGGAGGACAGCGGKGCCCUUCUGCACCAUCACCACCUYCACCAUCACCACCACCACCUCCACCCCUCAGCCCACWCCCACUCUCACCCACACCCCCACCCAGGGGGGUCCUGUGAAAUGGGCGGUGGCGGUGAGUGCCCUCAGAACCACGGGCCUGGAGGAAGUGGYGUGGAAUGCCCCAAAUGCGACACCGUCCUGGGCUCCUCGCGGUCCCUGGGCGGACACAUGACCAUGAUGCACUCGCGCAACUCYUGCAAGACACUCAAGUGUCCCAAYUGCAACUGGCAUUACAAGUACCAGCAGACCCUGGAGGCCCACAUGAAGGAGAAGCACCCAGACUCCGGUGGCUCCUGUGUGUACUGCAGCAGUGGCCAGAGCCACCCGCGUCUGGCCCGAGGAGAGAGCUACACCUGCGGAUACAAGCCCUUCCGCUGCGAGGUGUGUAACUACUCYACCACCACUAAGGGCAACCUGAGCAUCCACAUGCAGUCGGACAAGCAUCUYAACAACAUGCAGACCCUGCAGAARGGAGGCUCCAUCCCCUCCGCCGAGCAGCAGGUGUUUGGCCAGCACCCUGGAGGGGUCGGAGUGGUGACCGUGCCRUCUGUGACCCAGGCCAGCACSCACCACCCGCCCCACCACCACCACCCRACCCAGUCCUCCGCCCACAUGGCGGGGCCKUGCGGUUCCCCCUCGCCCACCAAGCCAAAAAGCAAGCCCACGUGGCGCUGRGAGGUYUGCGACUACGAGACCAACGUGGCGCGGAACCUGCGCAUCCACAUGACCAGCGAGAAGCACAUGCACAACAUGAUGCUGCUGCAGCAGAAUGUGACCCAGAUGCAGCAUGGUCGGCUGGGCCUGGGGGCCAUGCCCUCUCCCUCCGAGGCRGAGCUCUACCAGUACUACCUGACCCAGAACAUGAGCCUGCCCCCAGGCCUCAAGAUGGACCCGGCUGGAGCUGAGGCCCAGUUCCUGCUGGGAGGCUUCCACCUGGACCCRAACAUGGCCGCCUUGGCCCCCCAACUAGGUGAGCUCCCUCAGUCUGCCUCUGCAACAGUGGAACAGUGGGAGKCAUUCUGGCUCUUSCCUCAGUACUGCCUCAGGUGGGGAGAACCCAUGGACGUGCGGCUGGGUUGUGGUCAGUUGGUGUCUGAGGAGUUGAUGACCCUGAGAGCUUGUCGCAGACCAGUGACCCCUCCCUCAGCUGUUCCAGUGUGCCGUGUCGCGCUCCCCCACCUGGAUGUGCUGGGCAUGCACAUGGGUGCUGAGCGCAGCCUGCCCGAGGAGGAGUGGCGCGCCGUGGUGGCGACUCGCACCAGAGGGGGCAAGGGCAACGAGUGGCGCUUGAAGUGCGUGGCCAUCGGCAACCCGGUGCACCUGAAGUGCAACGCCUGCGACUACUACACUAACACUGAGAAGCUACGCAUGCAUACCAUCAACUCCCGCCACGAGGCCAGCCUCAAGCUGUACAAGCACCUGCAGCAUCAGGAGAACGCGGUGGAGGGAGAUGCCUGCUACUACCACUGUGUGCUGUGUAACUACUCCACCAAGGCCAAGCUCAACCUGGUCCAGCAUGUGCGCUCCAUGAAGCACCAGCGCAGCGAGAGCCUGAGGAAGCUACAGCUCCUGCAGAAGGGCCUGCCUGAGGAUGACGAGGAGCUCAGCGCCAAUCUUCACCAUCCGCAAGUGUCCGUCUUGCUGAGUACGGGAGAGCUGAGCGAGGAUGUGGAGGCUGCCAGUGAGACCACCACAGAGCAGGAGGACCAAACCAAAGACAGAGAYYGUGGGGGGGAGAAGGAGCUCACCAAAGGGACAGUCAUGCCUAGUUGGUUUGGGCUGGAUGUGAGGCGGGUGUGUAAUGWGCGGAGAGGAGAGGUCAGGGUCACACACAGGGUCCUCUCAGUCAGAGAGGUCACUGGGGAGGCCCCACAGUGA